AUGUCUCUGGAAGUCAUCACCACAAUCUCUCCAAACACAAACGAGCCCAUCCUCACCAGGAAUGGCGUCUCUCAAGCUGACCUUGAGUCUCUCCCCAAGGUCGCCACUGAGGCUUUCCAGAGCUAUCGCAAGACAACGUUGAAGGAGCGUCAAGCUAUUGUUCGCAAGUUCCUCGAUGGCCUCUUGGCUAAGAAGGAUGAGCUCGGUGAAGAGUUGACUGUUCAGAUGGGCCGCCCCAUCUCUUACACACCAGGCGAGGUCGCCACAGCUGUCAAGAGAGGUGAAUACCUCCUCAAGAUUAGUGAUGAGGCCCUCAAGGACACCGACGGCGAGCCCGAGAAGGGCUUCAAGCGUUUCAUCCGAAAGGUCCCUGUCGGACCUGUACUCAUCAUCUUUGCGUGGAACUACCCUUACCUUAUUCUGGUCAACUCUCUCAUUCCCGCUCUUCUUGCAGGCUGCAGUGUAAUCCUCAAGCCCUCACCUCAGACACCUACCAUCGUGGAACGGGUUACCGAUCUCCUAAAGGAGGCGGGCUUGCCUGAUGGCGUUUGCCAGUACUUCCACUGCGGCUCUCCCACUCUUAUGGAGACCAUUGUGCGCGAUCCCAAGAUCGCCCUAGUUUGUUUCACCGGCUCUGUCGCCGGAGGUCUCGCUGUGCAACAAGCUGCGUCUGACCGCAUUGUAAAUGUCGGUCUGGAGUUGGGUGGCAAGGACCCAGCAUAUGUUCGAUCAGACGUCGAUGUUGAUUGGGCUGCUGCAGAGAUUGUUGACGGUGCCAUCUUCAACUCUGGCCAGAGCUGCUGCUCUAUCGAGCGGGUGUAUGUUGAUGAGAAGAUUCACGAUCAGUUUGUUGAGGCCGUGCAAAAGGUGCUCAAGAGCUACAAGCUCGGUGAUCCCUUUAACAAGGAGACUCAAUUGGGACCUGUCGUUUCGAAGCGAUCAAAGCAGACUGCCGAGGAACAUGUCAAGGACGCCGUCGACAGCGGUGCCAAGGAUGCCACUCCCGAAAACGAGACUUUCAGCAACCCUCCUACCAAGGGUAACUUUGUGAAACCCACCCUUCUGACCGGCGUCAACCACAGCAUGCGGGUCAUGACCGAGGAGUCGUUUGCCCCAAUUAUUCCUGUUAUGAAGGUCAAGGAUGACAGUGAGGCUGUCGAGUACAUGAACGACAGCGAGUUUGGUCUGACAGCCAGCAUCUGGACCAAGGACACAGACAAAGGAUACGAGCUUGCCGAGGAUGUGGAAGCCGGCACUGUAUUUGUCAACAGAUGCGAUUAUCCGGCACCGGAUCUGGCAUGGACUGGCUGGAAGAACUCGGGCAAGGGACAGACGCUUAGCAAGUUUGGAUUUGAUCAGUUUGUGAAGCUCAAGAGCUACCACCUGAAGGACUACCCAAACUAA